CGCGGAGAGACGCGGGAAGCAGGGGCUGGGCGGGGGUCGCGGCGCCGCAGCCAGCGCAGCCAGCCCGAGGGGGGCCGCCGCUGCCGCCGCCCAGCGCGCUCCGGGGCCCCUUGGUGGCCGCCAGGCACCCGCCGCACCGCAGCUCCGGGCCCCGGCCGACGCCGCCGCCGCCGCCGCAGCCGCGAUGGGCAACGCAGCCGCCGCCAAGAAGGGCAGCGAGCAGGAGAGCGUGAAAGAGUUCUUAGCCAAAGCCAAAGAAGAUUUUCUUAAAAAAUGGGAAAAUCCCGCACAGAACACGGCCCAGUUGGAUCACUUUGAACGCAUCAAGACCCUUGGCACUGGCUCCUUUGGGCGCGUGAUGCUCGUCAAACACAAGGAGACCGGGAACCACUAUGCCAUGAAGAUACUUGACAAACAGAAGGUGGUAAAGCUGAAACAGAUCGAACACACCCUGAAUGAGAAACGCAUAUUGCAGGCUGUGAACUUCCCGUUCCUCGUCAAACUCGAGUUCUCCUUCAAGGACAACUCCAACUUAUACAUGGUCAUGGAGUACGUGCCUGGCGGAGAGAUGUUCUCCCACCUUCGGCGGAUCGGAAGGUUCAGCGAACCCCACGCUCGGUUCUACGCCGCCCAGAUUGUGCUGACCUUCGAGUACCUGCACUCGCUGGAUCUCAUCUACCGGGACCUCAAGCCCGAGAACCUCCUCAUUGAUCAGCAGGGCUACAUCCAGGUGACAGAUUUUGGUUUCGCCAAGCGUGUCAAGGGCCGCACCUGGACCCUGUGCGGGACCCCCGAAUAUCUGGCCCCUGAGAUCAUUUUGAGCAAAGGCUACAACAAGGCCGUGGACUGGUGGGCUCUGGGCGUGCUCAUCUACGAGAUGGCGGCCGGCUACCCCCCGUUCUUCGCCGACCAGCCCAUCCAGAUCUAUGAGAAAAUCGUGUCCGGGAAGGUCCGGUUCCCGUCGCACUUCAGCUCCGACCUGAAGGACCUGCUGCGGAACCUGCUACAGGUGGAUCUCACCAAGCGCUUUGGGAACCUCAAGAACGGGGUGAGCGACAUCAAGAACCACAAGUGGUUCGCUACGACCGACUGGAUUGCCAUCUACCAGAGGAAGGUGGAAGCCCCCUUCGUACCGAAGUUCAAAGGCCCCGGGGACACGAGUAACUUCGACGACUACGAGGAGGAAGAAAUCCGGGUGUCGGUCACCGACAAGUGCGGCAAGGAGUUCACCGAGUUCUAGGGGCGGGCCUGUGCCCCGGGUUGUUUUGUUGUUUUU